GGAGGAGAUGAGGAGGACGGCGCAGGAGCUGCAGCAGUUGGAGAAUCCUGAGGAAUUCCCGGAGCGGGAGCAGCCCUGGGAAUUGAUCAUGGAACGGGAACAUUUCCGGCUCUGGCGCCGCCCCAUCCCGGGAUCCACGCUCUUCCAGUACCGAGUUUUCGGCUCCUACACCGACGUCACUCCCCGGCAAUUCUUCAACGUCCAGCUGGACACGGAGUACCGGAAGAAGUGGGACUCGCUGGUGCUGAAGCUGGACGUGGUGGAGCGGGAUCCGGCCUCGGGAUCCGAGGUGAUCCACUGGGUCACGCAGUUCCCGUAUCCGAUGUAUUCCCGGGAUUACGUUUACGUCCGGCGCUACAGCGUCGACAGCGACCGCAACCUCAUGGUGCUCGUGUCCCGGGCCGUGGAACAUCCCGGAAUUCCCGAGGAUCCCGAGCACGUGCGGGUGCGCAGCUACGAAUCGCACAUGGUGAUCCGGCCGCACCGGGGCUUCGAUGAGGUGGGGAAAAAAGGGGAA